AUGGCGUCUUUAAAUUUCCAGUUAAAAGAACUGUUUGCAUUAUGGGAACAACCCAUCUUCAGCACCCGAGCUCACGUCUUCCAGAUUGACCCAAACACUAAGAAGAACUGGGUUCCCACCAGCAAGCAUGCUGUUACUGUGUCCUACUUCUAUGACAGCACAAGAAAUGUCUACAGGAUAAUCAGUUUGGAUGGCUCAAAGGCAAUAAUAAAUAGCACUAUCACCCCCAACAUGACAUUUACUAAAACAUCGCAGAAGUUUGGCCAGUGGGCAGACAGCAGGGCGAAUACAGUCUAUGGCUUGGGAUUUUCAUCUGAACAUCACCUUUCAAAAUUUGCUGAAAAAUUUCAGGAAUUCAAAGAAGCUGCACGACUAGCAAAGGAAAAAUCCCAAGAAAAGAUGGAGCUAACAAGUACACCCUCUCAAGAAUCAGCUGGAGGUGAUAUUCAGUCUCCUUUGACACCAGAAAGUAUUAAUGGGACAGAUGACGAGAGAGCGACGCCAGAAGUGACGCAGAACUCGGAACCAAGGGCUGAACCAACCCAGAACGCAUUGCCAUUUACCCAUAGUUCAACAAUCAGCAAGCAUUGGGAGGCAGAACUGGCCACACUCAAGGGUAAUAACGCUAAGCUCACAGCAGCGCUGCUGGAGUCCACUGCCAACGUUAAACAAUGGAAACAACAACUUGCUGCCUAUCAGGAGGAAGCAGAACGUCUUCAUAAGCGG